UCCGCCGCCCCACACCGCUGCAGACAUGGCCGCCUCCGCCCCGUCCCGCUCGGGCUUCGACUUCGGCCUGCACUCGCGCAACGCCCACCUCGCCGCCCGCGGCCAUGCGCUGCCCAAGGCCACCAGCACCGGCACGACCAUCGUCGGCUGCAUCUACAAGGACGGCGUCGUGCUCGGCGCCGACACGCGUGCCACCGAGGGCCCCAUUGUGGCCGACAAGAACUGCGAGAAGAUCCACUACAUCUCGCAGAACAUCCGAUGCUGCGGCGCCGGCACGGCCGCCGACACCGAGUUCGUCACGCAGCUCAUCAGCUCCAACAUGCAGCUGCACGAGCUGCACACGGGCCGCCUGCCGCGCGUCGUGACGGCCAUGACGAUGCUGAAGCAGCGGCUGUUCCAGUACCAAGGGCAGAUCGGAGCCGCGCUUGUGCUGGGUGGCGUUGAUGAGUCUGGGCCGAACCUGUUCACUGUGGCGCCGCACGGCUCUACCGACAAGCUGCCGUACGUCACGAUGGGCUCCGGCUCGCUUGCCGCCAUGAGCGUCUUCGAGAGCGGCUGGCGGAAGGACAUGACGCGGGAAGAGGCGAUUGAGAUCGUCAGCGCUGCGAUUCAGUCUGGUAUCUUCAACGACCUGGGCUCCGGCUCGAACGUCGACGUGUGUGUCAUCACGGAGAAGGAGACCAACUACAUGAGAAAUUACGCCAAGCCAAACGAGCGCGGCCAGAAGGAGGGCCGGUAUGUCAUUCCAAAGGGCGUGACGCCGACCGUCGCCAAGGAGAAGAUCUGGAGCAUGGUGGUGCAGGAGGACGUGCUGGAGAUCGGCAAGAGCUCCACACCAGCAGCUGCCGCGACGCCAGGUGCGCAGGCCAUGGACACGAGCGCAUGAGCGGGUCGCAGGCGAAUGCACGCACUUCUCAGACGUCGCACAUGCGGGCCAUGUGUCAGAUUGCACAGCGCUCGCGAAGGUGGAAGAGACGUGGGCGCAGGGUUCUGGUGAUCGUCAGCAGUGCUGCGGUAUAAGAUGAGUGUGUGGAAAAGAUGAAGGGCAGGGU